UGGUGUGACAAUGUUGAGAGAUUUCCUAUUGUUGUGCCUCGUUUCCAAUUUCAUGGUCCCGACAAUCUCUUCGGGGAUCAAACAAUGGGUGCCAAAUUUCUCAUUCACCGACCCUCGGAUGUGGACUCAGGCUCACCUCCCAUGUGCCGAUCAAUUAAUCCUCUUUCCUGCCUACUUCUAUGCACUUCUGGACCUGCCGUCAAUUGUCAGGACUAAGGGUAUGAUUCUGCCCUCUUUUGGGACAUUGGUUCUCCCUCAAAACGGUCAAAUUGAGUUCAAUCUCAACCCUGUGAGUGACUGUGAGGUCAAAUUGCGAGACUCCGUGGCGAACUUCAAGAAACCCGAUCGUCAUUUCUGGUAUCUUUCGCACAAUUGGCGUGAAAUUGACGAUAGGAAUGGUCCUAUGAAAAUCAAUACUGCCAAACCCCAUACAGAUCGCAUCCCAUGCAGCUACGAUGAAGUGAGAUUUCCACCUGAUAGAAAUUUUGUUGUAGACCUACAACUGAUACCCCGUAUAGAUCUAGGUCACGUCCAAUUGAACGAUAAAGUCAUCUAUCCUCAAGAAUUUGAGCCCUUUAUUUUGAGUCAAGAAGGUCAGAAGAUGUUUAGGAAUGGAGAAGUUACUAUUAUAAGCUCAACCAUGGAAUUAGCAGGAAAAAUAGGAUUGCCAUGUCAUAGUCCACCCUUUGAGUACUAUGAGGCAAUGCUAUGCUACAAUGAGAAAGAGUUUUGUCAAAUACCCCAUUGCCUGGAUCCUAUUAAGCCCAAGGGGUUCUGUUGUAAAAUAUGUGGAGCAUCUUUUAUAACUGACACCGAUAUAAAUGACGAGAUUAUGGAGCUGAUUUUAAAAGUAUUAAAAACAAACCUAAUGGCCCUGGGAGAGACUCACGAGAUCGACUACUACGUAGGAAUUGUUGAGGUAGAUAAAAAAUUGCAAGCCCAAGUCGUAAUAACAGACGUUGAGGAAUACAACGAAAAGAGUACUAAGCUCAUGAGGACCCUACUAGCUUCCGUAUUGCAUCCAUAUGAAACGAAUCAAACCAAGAUUUCCCUUUCCGGGCGUCCCUACAAACCCAGUGCAAAAGGAUCGUUCUGGAAUUUCGUAUUUUUCCCCCUAUUUACCAUCUUGGCUGUCCUUUUCCUCAUCUACACUUACUACUAUAAAGUAGAGGAUGGAAAAUUGCAAGUACUCACAUGGUCAAUCCCCGUUCCUGGACCACAGAGGCUCCAAUCCUUCUUCAAUUCCUGGAACUCACAAUUCAUUUUUGCACGCUUUGAAAACACUCACGAUGACGGUGAAACCAGCAUUGCUGAGCUGCAAAUUCAACCAGGUACCUCAACUUCAACCACAACUGAAUCUCCGGAAGCAGAGAUUGAAUCCCAAAUCCAGCUCGCUGAGGACCAAAAUGGAGAAAAAGUAGAGAACUUGCUUGAAAUCGACUUGGAUGGCUGACAUGUUUGAACUUGUUGGUAAUUACCGAUUCACCAUGGCGGCAAAUUUUCUCUACCGAUUCACCAUAACCUCAAAUUUAAUGUUUUUUGUUUUUUAGGUCUGGCCAGCUAAUAAAAGGCCACAAAUUCUUGAAAAAAAUCUAUUUUCCAACACUUAAACUUACUCUCAUUCCAAAAUUUAUUAAGAAUAAAAAAUAAAAUAACAAAAGAAUGCAGUGAAAAUGGA